ACGCAGCACACAGGGAUUUGUACAAAGAUAGUCAAUCGACGACCAACCGCCAUUCUUGUAGCGAGGCCAUACAUUAUACGGUGCUCCAUGCAUUCUCUUUCAGAAUUAUAAAACAGACUGGGGUCAACCAUAAAAUGUAUUUGAAAGUGUACUGGACUGGUAAAAAUAAAUCUGUCACAUACUUCAUUGACAAAAGUAAUGAAGCCCACGCACGUGUCAAAUGACCUAGUGCCGACAGUUAUUGUAUGAUCUGACUUUCAUACAACAUUUAGUAAACUUUCAUAAGUUUUGGUUAACAAAGUUGUAUAAAGUCUUUGAGCACUGAGCCUGGCGCUGGGCUCACACGCUCACGCAUUGUGCAACGUGUCAAGUUCAAUCCCACCAUUCAAAGCCGAGAGAGAGAGAGAGAGAAAAAAAGAGGGUUGACGGGGUGGGCUACCACAAAAAAAAAAAAAAAAUCCACGAGCGUGCAGCGUGUGCUGUCCUUUAGCUCGCGAGGCCAAGCUUAUCGCUGAACUCAUUUGAUGAUUUAUUUUCAUCUGUGGUGAUUCAGUUGCCACUUCAUCAAGGGUAGCUCGUACCAGGGUAGUCAGUCGAUUUCAAGGUAAGAUCUUCUAUCUUAAAGAAUAGAUUACACCAAUAUUUCUGUGCUAACUUGUGGGUGGUAUGUUUUUAACUCAUGCUUAAAAAGUAUUAUAUUUUCGAUUAUAUAAAAAGUUUACCGUUGAUGUUCAACUUGGGUGUUUCUGGACUAUACCCACUGUAACAAUUAAUCAAGUAAUAUUACCGGAAUUUUUCUAACCGUUAUGCGACAUGUACGAAACAGAAGUUCAUUCAUAAUACCAACUCUUUAAUAUCCAGCUUGUUACACAAUUGCUUAAACUAGUUACAUAUAUCUUUGAAACCUGAGAUACCGAGAGACCAACCUUCGUCAGACAAAUACACAUGAGAAAAACCUUGCACCUAACAGAACAGUAAACAAAAAUUACCCAGGACAAUACGAUAAAGACACAAAAUACUUUUUAUGGCUUUUUGAAUUAGGAGUUAAGUUUGUUAUUAGAAACAUAUUUCUCACUUGUCAUCAUCUCAAAACUUGACCAUAGUAAGAUUAAGGCAAAUAAAAAUUGUAACAAAUUGGACUGGUCUGUCUAGCUGAAACUUCAACUCUGUAUGACUGGGAACAUUGAACACCGAUUAUAAAAAGAUAUCACCAAGUCAAAAAGUUGGGCCUCUGUCAUAAUCAGGAUAAUUGCGAUAAUUGAGGCAAGUUUUUUUUUGGCCAGAGACGAUAACAGUCCUGCUCUAGCAAAGUGUUUUGCUUUAUCUUUAUGUAAGAAAAUUUUUAUUAUCAGCUUGUUUAAAAGAACUCUUCAAUCAUUUCACUUAAAAUAAAAACUAUUUGUUAUCAAGCGAAAAUAGGAAUCCAUCAAAGUGUAAAAUCUGUUUUAGCGAUAAUUAAGACAGGUUUAUGGAGUCGGAAGCGGUGCAGACUGCAGCAGUUGAAAAUGGCGAGGCCACUGCCCGCAGCGGGUCGGCGGGAACUAUGACCUUCCUGGGAGAUGACCCACGACCUUUCACCUACAUCCUCGAUGGUUUCGCCUUCUAUCCGAUGCCACCACCCACCCUGUCGACGAGCUGGGAUGUCCACAUUGAUGACCUCAAACAAAUGCAGCUUCGAGACGAUGACCUGUUUAUUCUUGCUUAUCCCAAAGCAGGAACUCACUGGCUGUGGGAGGUGACCUCCAUGUUGUUGCAGGGCAAGGCCGAGUAUGACAGUCGCCCCAAGGAGGAACUCAUGGUGGAGUUCACUGACCUUAACAAACUGGAGAAAACUCCGGCACCUAGAAUCUUUAACUCACAUCUGCCUUUCCACAUGCUGCCAUGGCAACAGAUGAAGGAGAAACGAACAAAGAUUCUACACGUGUAUCGAAAUCCCAAAGAUUCUUGUGUGUCCUACUACCACCAUCUGAAUGUCUUUGAUGAUACUCCAAUUCACGACAUGGCAUUCAACGAUUUCUGCGAGUUGUUCUUCUCUGGAAGAUUACCCCUGGACAAUUACUUCUGGCAUAUGAAGCAGUUUACUACAUUUUCACAGGAGAACCCUGAUGUACCCGUACUGUCACUGUCCUUUGAAGACAUGAAGAAGAGUCCGACUGAAAACAUCAAACGUUUGGCCACAUUUUUGGAAGUGGACGUGGACGACAAACUCUGUGAAGACAUCGCUGACGCCUGCAGCUUCAAGAAAUUGAAGAAAGGAGCUGAAAUUAAAAAAGUCUGGUGCGAUUAUCCAGAAAAUGAAAAUAAGGAGAAAAAACAAACUCGCAUUGAAUUUUACCGAAAAGGGGAAAUAGGAGACUGGAAGAACUACUUCACAGUGGCCAUGAGCGAGAAGAUGGACGCCGUUAUUAAAGAGCGGAUGGAAGGACUUCCUUACGGCCUGCAGUACUCGUAAUGUUUGCAAUCAUAGAUUGUCAGAAGAAAACUCCACAAGUAGGAUUACAAACUCAUCAGACAGUAGUCUACACUGGAUCAAUCAAGUGGAUACCGAGUUUUACACUUUCUUUGUACAUCUGUAGUCGAGUUUUGUUUGUGACAACAAUAAA